AAAUGGUGUUUAUCUGUUUCGUCUUCUCCAGUUACAAAAUCCAAUAUUUAUAUUAAAUUCGCAAGUUUCAAUGGCAAACAAUGUGUAAAAAAAACAAAACUUUUGGAAUACAUUCGACUAAAUUAUUUGAAUAUAUUAUCAAUGACCAUCCAAACUUUUCAACGAGUUGUGAGGAAAUAUCGAAGCUUUUCGUGAAAAAUCAGGGGUUAUAAACACGGUGAAAGAAUACGUGAUAUGACGGAUUCUGGCGCGAGGGACAAUUUUUUCAAUGCUGCCAAGAGACUGAUCGACAGUGAGAUCGAGCUCAUUAAUAUCGUUGAGAGCUCGAGACGCACAAGUUCGAGAAAUAUUAAGAGAGACGAUACAAUGUCUAAGCCUUCUAGGAACAACAAACAGGCUGACAAGGCGGCCACAAAGAAAUCUAAAGUAAAACCGUCACCGGCAUUAGUUGCUGCAAAACGUGAAGCUGCACAGAAGAAACAAUCUCAAUCAAAGAAACUGGAAAAUAUUUUUAUAAGGGAUAUUUAUCAAAGCGCAAUAGAAGCAAAGAACAUGAUUCGUGGAGCAACUGGUCUAACAUACGAUCGUUCUAUGGCAGAACAUUAUUGUCUUUGGGACAAAAAUCAUCCUGAAUGUCCAGAGAGAUUCACAAGAGUUUUGGAACGAUGCAGGGAACUUGGUCUCAUCGAGAGGUGCCAAUUCAUCAGCCCAAUGGUUGCCAAACAAGAAGAAAUUCUUCUGAAACAUACACAGAGCCAAAUUGACAUGCUUCGAGCGACAGAGGGUUGCGAGGAUAACGAAGCUUUAGAAAAAAUUGCAUCAAGAUACGAUGCCAUUUAUAUUCAUCCGUCAACUUACAAACUUUCACUAUUAGCAACUGGUUCAACAAUCAAUCUCUUCGAAAAAAUUUGUCGUGGCAAUGUGCAAAAUGGGAUGGCCGUAAUAAGACCACCGGGACAUCAUGCAAUGAAAUCAGAAUAUUGCGGCUACUGUUUUUUUAACAAUGUUGCAAUAGGGGCUGAAAAGAUGCUGAGAAGCAACCUGGCUAAAAAAAUUUUAAUAGUCGAUUGGGAUGUUCAUCACGGUCAAGCUACACAACAGAUGUUUUAUGAUGAUCCCAGGGUUGUAUAUUUCUCAAUUCAUCGGUAUGAGAACGGAGAAUUUUGGCCAAACUUGAGAGAAUCCGAUUAUCAUUAUGUUGGUGAAAAAGAUGGAACUGGUUAUAAUUUCAAUGUACCUUUGAACAAAACUGGAAUGACGAAUGGCGAUUAUUUGGCAAUAUUUCAUCAAAUUCUUCUGCCAAUGGCCUAUGAGUUUCAACCGGAUCUCGUUAUCGUCUCGGCUGGUUUUGAUUGUGCCCUCGGCUGUCCCGAGGGUGAAAUGGAAGUUACUCCAGGGUUCUUUCCUCAUUUACUUUCGUCAUUGUUGUCUCUGGCUAAUGGUAAAGUCGCUGUGGUGCUGGAGGGCGGUUACUGCCUGGACUCGUUAUCAGAAGCUGCUGCACUUACCUUACGAACACUCCUUGGCGAUCCAUGUCCUCCCUAUCAAGAUCUCGAACCUCCCUGCGAAACACUGAAAGAAACGAUUCUGAACGUAAUUUAUGCUCACCGAGCCUACUGGAAAUGCUUCCAGUUCCAAGAAUCUUUCAGUAUUCAUUCAGAGUCCGAAAAUCGUGAGGAAAAUAACAACAGACAUUUGCCAGUCGUCAUUUACAAGGGUGACGAGACGAAACCUGAUCAUUAUGAAACUCGCGAUUGCUAUCCAGUGCAGAGCGAAACGGUCGUCAGGCAUUUGAAAAAUCGUCUCGUUGCGUUGAAACAAGUCACGCAUUUGGGGAAAGCGCCGAAGCGCGUUACUCUCGUAUACGACGAGCGAAUGCUCAAACACUGCGAUCCAACGGACGAUUCACAUCCGGAAAAACCGGAUCGUAUUUCCGGUAUAUUUACAAAACACGAAGAAUACGAAUUAUUAAAUCGUUGUCAGGUGAUCAAAGGACGCGAAGCAACGGAGGAAGAGUUGCUCUUAGCUCAUUCGGCGAGUCAUGUAAACGACAUGAGGGAAACAUGCACCGCGAAACCUGGUGAAUUGAAGAAAAAAGGUGGGAAGUUAAACUCCGUUUUUCUGAACCGGGACACGUGGAAUAGUGCCUGCGUCGCUGCUGGUUCGGUGCUUCAAGUUGUCGACAGCGUUUUGAAUGGAGAGAGCCAAUCCGGAGUCGCGAUCGUGAGGCCACCUGGACAUCACGCCGACGACGAGACCGCUUGUGGUUUUUGCAUUUUUAACAACAUUGCUGUCGCUGCUAAAUAUGCAACACGAUUCCACCAUUUGAAAAGAGUGUUGAUCGUCGACUGGGACAUCCAUCACGGGAAUGGAACUCAAGCCAUUCUCGUAGACGAUCCAAACGUCUUGUAUAUCUCAAUUCAUCGAUACGACAACGCUGCUUUCUUCCCGAAUUCUAAAGAAGCGAACUACACGUUCGUUGGCACGGGUGCCGGCGAAGGGUACACCGUCAAUAUACCUUGGAACCGAAAACGAAUGGGUGAUGCAGAAUACAUCGCUGCUUUCCAACAAAUAGUAAUGCCAAUUGCUUAUCAAUUCAAUCCUGAAUUGGUGCUGAUAUCUGCAGGUUUUGACGCUUGCAUUGGUGAUCCACUCGGUGGUUACACCGUAUCCCCGGAAACUUAUGGUCACUUGACUCACUGGUUGUCGGGAUUGGCGAAUGGUCGCGUUGUGAUAGCGCUCGAAGGUGGUUACAACGUGAAUUCAAUAUCAUAUGCAAUGACGAUGUGUACAAAGGCAUUACUGGGCGAUCCAUUGCCAGCGCUCGGAGUUUAUCAAGCGCCUUGUCCAAGUGCGAUAUCGACCAUUAAAAAUGUUCUCAAAAUUCAUAAACAAUACUGGCCGAAUUUGUGUUUCCAAAUGGCAUUACCAAAGGAAAAUAUUUUGCCAGAAGCAAAAUCAUUCGAGAGUAAAAACACCGUUUUAUCGAGUCCAUUGACCGAAACAAAAAUAGCUUUCGAGGAAAUUGAGAAUGAAAAGCUUGAGAUGAGCAUGCGAGAACGCCAACGCUUGGAAACUAUAACUGCCGAAGAAAUGGCUGAAUUGCAAAAAGAAAUUGAGAAAAUGACCAUUCUCAAAACUGCCAAAGAAUGUAUUGACCCAGGACAAAAAGAUUUGGGUGGUCAAAAUAAUGGAUCUACUUCCGGUGCCAGUGGUAGCGGUCAGCAACAAGAUCAAGGCGAAGCUUCAGGCGUAACAGCCAAUCCAAGCCUGCUUGAUUAUCUUUCAGAUAAUAUCCAGGCUCUAGUUCAAGGCGAAAUGUUCGCAAUAAUACCAUUGAGGGAUUGCCCUCAUCUCGACACCGUCGAGGAAGUUCCAGUAAGCGGAAUAAACGUUCGCGAUCCUUGUCAAGAAUGUGGUAGCACAGCUGAAAAUUGGAUUUGUCUGCGAUGCUACACCGUCCACUGUGCUCGCAAUAUCAAUGAACACGCAAUAAUGCAUGGCCAAACAGCCGAGCAUCCCUUGACUCUGAGUUUUAGCGAUCUCUCGGUUUGGUGUUAUGGGUGCGAGGCCUAUAUCGACAAUCCGCGAUUGUUUGCUGCGCGAAACGCGGCACACUUGAGUAAAUUUAAUCACGAGCUACCGUGGACGUAUAACGAAGAUUCAUCAAAUGCGAGAGAGUGAAAUCGACAUGGAAAAUAUUUUGAAAAUAUAUACAUAUUCCGAAAAAUACAAAUAUAAACAAUAGUUUCAUAUUAUUUUUACAAUGUACAGCCUAAUGCGUUAUUAUAGCCAGAGAUAUUGACAUAUAUUUAUUUUAUUAAAGCUUUGCUAAAUCUUA